UUGUCAUGUACCAUUGGUGCUGCGAACUUUUAUGGAGUUGGUUUUGUUUUUUGGCAAGCGUCGUUGGAAUUGCGAAUUUGAUAAAAGUGUGCAAAAUGUUUUAAUUUAUUUAAUACAUGUGAGUAAGAAAUAAAACGGAACUUAGCGAUGCCAAUAUGUGUAUAAGAAAUUGAUAUUUCUUUAGCGUUGUUUGUAUGUUAUAAGCGUUGUUGUUGGUGGAUAGAUGUACGUCAAAAAAAACGGGACUUUUCCAAAAUCGUGGGAAUGUCGAAAAGGCCGACAUUUUAAAUUUUUAUAAAAUGGGAUGCAUCAAUAGCACAAAGAAGUUAACGGAAACUAAGAAUGAAAAUGUGUUUCGAGUGCGCGUCGUAAGAUUGCAUCCCGAAUCGCCUAGCAUACGUGCGGGUUUUUUAGAGUUGACGCCGCGAGAACUUAUAUAUGUCAUGCAGGGGCGGGAACCUAUUGUUUGGGCAUUACAACAUUUGCGUCGUUAUGGCUUGAACGGAGAUAUUUUCAGCUUUGAGGCAGGACGCCGGUGUAUGACUGGCCCUGGUGUGUAUACUUUUCGUUGUCAAAAUGCAGAACUGCUUUAUGGAAUGUUUGAACGGUAUGUGAAUGCUUCUGUUACACUUAUCGCUGAUGAAGCUACCGCAUUAAAUGAUCGUGAUAGGGAGCAUCCUUCGCAUGCACUCGGUCGUCCAGAAAAUAACUCUGCAAAUGUUAAUAAUUAUUUAGAGCCAGUCGCUGUGGCCUAUUCUGUACGCACUAAUAUGCAUGAAUCGUUUAGUAGCAGUCCAAUUAGUUUAGAACUUGAUUCACCAGAUUCAGUUCCAAGUUUUUCAUUUACUAAUGAAGUAGUUCAUUUUCAAAGUCAUCAUCAAACAACGCCUGGAGCGUAUGUUAACACAAAUGUUUAUAUGGAACAACCUUUACGCGCAAAUACCGAAAACAACAACAAUACAGGCAAUGGCUAUUGCAAUAACAGCGCGUUUAGUACGCUUUCACGUAAAACUAUUGCUAAACGUUCAUCGCUAGAUAUACCACCAGAAGAGUGUGCACCCAUCUUAACACCAGGCACAUCAACCAGUUUACAUAUGUACGCAAAUGUGGAAGGCUUAGGCAUAAGUUGUUCACGCGAACGUGAAAAAGCGGUUGAUACGUCAGAACGGUGCUAUGAAAAUCUUAGUCGGCUUGAUUUACCAUUGCUUUUACAACCGCCACCUGCUAUAUCAACAUUGCAACGGGGCAAGAAGGCUCAGGAGCAAGCUCCAACAUGUGCCGUCAACUACAUUGUUUUAGAUUUAGAUCAACCGCGUAGUCCGGCGCAAAGUUCUCCAAAAACAUAUUUUGGCAGCGGUAGUUUGUCGUUAGGCGGAGACUCUAUUGCUGCUGCUAGUAAUUCUGACGUUCAGUCCCUGCAUUCGGUAACAACUACAACAGCUUUAACCGCAACAACAGUUGCAGCGAAUUGCGUGCAAACGUCAACUAAACAGGAGGAACACAAUGCACAACAACAACAGCUCAAAAGUGAAUCUUCACUCGGAUACUCUACAAUUGAUUUUAUUAAAACUUGCGCACUUAUUAAAUCAUCUACGCAUGGUGCUGAUUUCGAUGGUGAUCAUGAUCACGACCAGGAAGAAUCACGGAAAACACGACACAGUAAAGGUGUACGAAAAGCGUACUCAAUUAGUGAAUAAGAUUCCAUGGAAACGAAAUCAUGGUUCAACUUCUAUUUAUAAAGAAAAAUGAUAUAUAGUCUAUGUAGUCUAUAUAAAUCGACAAGAGAACGUAAAGCAAAUUGAUGUUGCUGAGCAACUUAAACAACAGUAAUGGUUUUGCCAACAGUGCGCCGCAGUGACGUUUUUACAAUGUGAUGUAUAUACGUACUUAUACACAAAAGUAUAUCAACAAGGAAUGCUAGUCAACGACAGGUUUGUACACCAUCAAAGUCCUCCAAAGUCCAUAAAAAAUGCUUUAUCAACGAAUUUGUUAAGAAUGUACUUUUGUACCUUCAGCAAGAAGAAAAAUUGCUUUUUAUAUUAUAAUGAAUUAAUUUAAAAUUAAUUUAAUUAUAUUACAAUAAUUUG